AUGUCGAGCUUUAUGUAUCUGUUGGGACUCCUGCUGCGCUCGGCAAUGCUAUUUCAGGUCACUUCGGGAUCGAUGAAAUUUCGUCCUUUGCCCUCUGAGUGCAACCGAAUAGAGGAAUUCCAGCAACGGCCCUACGGUGCAAGACUCGCCAAGUACAAACUGCGAUUCCGAAGGCCUAUAAACGGCUUUCAGGCUUUUCGCAUUGUUCUGGGCCUCAAUGGAGUCUUCGGUAAAUGUCGCUACAAUGGUCUGCUAGAUCUGUAG